UUCUGGUCUUCUUGGCUUGCCUAAGUGUGGAAUCUUUGACCUACAGUUGAGGUGGAGCAGGGGCACUUGGGAGAAGCCAGCAAGGGUGAGGAGGAAAUCCAUAUGGGAGAGCAGCCCAGGAGUGGUGAAGCCUGAGCCAGAUAACACUCGUGUGGGAGAGUGACCUGGCCCGGGGUGUUAGAACAUUCCCAGGCAUCAGAGCUUGGGUCAGGUUGGGAGGGCUCCAUGUGGCAGGGUGACCGUGCAUGGAAUAUUGGAACAUAGGCAGGGCGAGGAGAGCAUCUACCCAGGUGGGUGGCAGCAGCAGCUUGGCAUAGGUGUUAAAGUCCACAUGGGAUGAGAGAGGCAUCCACAUGGAGGAGGGAGCAGAGGCAGUGAUGGGAGACUGGUUACAUGUAGGGGGCUUGGUCAAUUAGGUAAAUAUAUUAAAGAUUACGGUGCCCAGGCUUCUCACAGAGUUAUAAUUAUAGGUAUAGUUGUGGAAAGGGUGGAAAUUAGAGCAACUCUGUGGUGUUGGCUUGGAAUUGGUAGUAUCAGGGUAAACUCUGGGUUUUCCAUAUGUAUAUAUGCCUACAUACGGGAAUAAAUAUAGAUGUAAAGUAUGGUAAUGUAUGUGCCUGUGCAUAAUAUCCAUAUUCUUUAGCUCUGUCCACUGAGAGGGCCUGGCAGCAGUAACACUCUAAUGGCAAUGAGCAUACCUAACACGCAGACAUUGGUUUCUAGAUACCGUUCUUUACUAAUAAAUGCAAGGGCUUCUGAGUCUAAUCAUGAGGAAACAGCAUGCCCAAAUUGAGAGAGAUUGCUACAAAAUAACUGGCCUAUACUCUUCAAAAGUGUCAAGGUCAUCAAAGUCGAGGAAAGACUGAGGAACUUGUUCUAGUGUGAAAUAGGUGAAAGAAACAGGACAACUAAAUACAACAUGUCCUUUUACUGUAAGGAACAUUUUUGGAGUAAUCAGUGAAGCUUGAAUGAGGUAUGAGGAAUAGAGGGCAAGUAGUAGUAUCUCAACCAUAAUUUUCUGAUUUGGGGUAAUUUUCAAGAAUAUCUUUGUGGGAAAUAUACACUAAAUUAUUUGGCGUAAUGAGGCAGCAUUUCUGCAAGUUACUCUAAAAAAUUCAAGGAAAAAUAUUCUUUUUUUUUUUUUUUUUGAGACAGUCCCGCUCUGUCACCCAGACUAGAGUGCAAUCUUAGCUCACUGCAACUUCUGCCUUCCAGGGGCAAGCAAUUCUCCUGCCUCAGCCUCCCAAGUAGCUGGGACUAUAGGCGUGCACCACUACACCCAGUUGAUUUUUGUAUUUUUAGUAGAGACUGAGUUUCACCAUGUUGGCCAGGUGGGUCUCUAACUACUGACCUCAGGUGAUCUGCCCUCCUCAGCCUCCCAAAGUGCUGGGAUUACAGGCAUGAGCCACCAUGUCCAGCCAAGGAAAAAUAUUAUUUGUACUCUUUUGUAACUUUUCUGUAAGUUUGACAUUGAUUCAAAGUAAAAAUAUAAAAUAUUCUCAAAAAUAUAUGGGCCAGGCCUGGUGGCAGGCACCUGUCAUAUUGGCUACCAGACAGGCUGAGGCAGGAGGAUUGUUUGAGCCCAGGAAUUCAAGGCUGCAGUGAGCUAUGAUCACGUCACUGCUCUCUAGCCUGUGUGACAGAGCAAGGUGCUGUCUUUAAAAAAAAAUUAAAAAUUAAAACUAAAGUGUUCAAUUGUGUUGCAUGCUGCUGCACAGUCAAAUAGAAACUCUAAAGAGUCCACCUCAAAAUAGAUCAUUGGAGGCCUUAGCAAGAGUAGUUUGAUUUGAGAGUGGAGGCAGAGGCCAGAGCUGAGUAGGCUAAGGAUGAGACCUGUGACAUGUGGAGAUGGCAGGUGUAAUCACCUUGGUUUGGAGGUUUAGCUAUGAAGGGGAGAGAAGAAGGGCCCUCAGAAGAAGGGAAAUUAUAGUGAAAGAUCUGGAAACAAUUACAUAUACCUAGGAAUGUUUGAAAAACAGAAAUAGGGAAAGUCUUGGAAAAGUUCUGUCUUCUGAUAUUUGAAAAUCUUUCAAGACAAAGAGAUGCUUUAUUCUUUAUUUUCAGUGGGAAGAACCAGAACCAAUGUUUAUAGAAUGGAUUUUAACUCAAUACUAGAGAAUAUUUGGAGACCAGCAUGUUGGCAGGCAUCUGUAGUCCCGGCUACUCAAGAGGCUGAGGCAGGAGGAGCCCUUGAGCCCAAAAGUUUGAGUGCAGCCUAAGCAACAAAGUGAGAUCCCCAUCUCUAAAGAAGGAAAGAAAGAAAACAUUUGAGCUGUCUAACAGUGGAAUAGUCAGUUCCCUUAUGAAAAGUGAGCCUGUUGUCACAAAAAGUAGAGAACACGAGGCUGGAAAUUCAGCUGUACAGCAAAUUCCUGGAAGUGACUCCUCUGUGGACUUAAGAAUGCGGAUAGGUGGGCCUCCCACGCCCACCAGGCACCCACUGCAUUCUCAGCCUAUUGUUCUAUGACUUUACGAAGUAAUGAGCCCUUUCUGAAAUCUUGAGUAUAGAAGGAAAUUGCUAGUUCUUGGUGUUCUAGAUCUCACUUUUCAGUGUUUUACCUGCCCACUUGUAGAAAUUAAGGAAGAAAAGACUCAGUACUCACUGGUACAUUUUAGUGGAUUUCUUUGUUGUGUUUAUUGUGACUGAUUUCAUAUUUGUCAUGAUCAGUAUCUCAUUUGGUUCCUUAAAUAUUAUUCUAAAUUUGGUUCUCAUGUCCAGAGGUGGGUACAUUUCUUUUCAUCUGCCGCAUCAAUGCAAGGUAUAUUCACAGCACCUCAUUGUUGGGAACACUGAGCAAGCAUGCAGAAAGGGCUGCUUUCACCUUGCAGAAUCCUGUUUGCGUUAGGCUUGACUUCCUUAGACGUUGACACAGGGUCACUGACUAUAGUAACUGGGGUCAGCUCAGUUGUUUUGUGUUUAUUUGAGGUCAACCCAGGUCUCAAGAUUUCACCACAGAGAUUAUUCUUGAGGUGAUCUAUAAAUCAUCCCUUCCUUAGCCUGGUCCAAAUAAGUCCUACCCCUACCCCUUAUCUAAUGAAAUUAGUUGUCAUUCUUAGUGUAGUUGAAAGCAGUUACUUUUGACUUUUCUCUGUAGAUGUCCUCAGAUGCUGGUUCUCCAGGCCAUGGACUUGUCUCUGCAGAGCUCACCACUCUUGUCUCUCAAGAGCUAAGUUUACAUUCUGGAGUGCCACAUACUCAGAAGCACAGACUUGCCCAGAAAUCUUCUUAGACUCCCUCUUACACACAUAGCAAAUAUACAGCUCCUUAGUUUGAGCAUUUAAGGCCUCCUGCCAAUAAGUUCAUGUUCCUGUCAUGCAGACCUCUGUGCAACUGCUGUUUCUGUGUUGCCCUUAGGGUCCUGAGGGCCUUGCCUAGAGUAAUCCUCAUAUAAUUCCUCCAACAGGAAAGCUGUGAUUUCUUCCAUGGCUGUAUUCUAAAUAACAAAGGCAUGAUACUACACAUAGAGUAGAAAUUUGGACACCAAAUUGGGAUUCUGUGUCCCUGUCUUAUUUGACAAAAGUGCACAUUAUUGGGGAGAUGGGGGCAGCAUUUUAAAAGGAGCUUGGUAUAGCAUUAGUAAACGUUAAAAAAAAAAACAGAAAAUAGCCUUAUCUGUAGCAGUACAGUAGUUUGUUUCUGUGCACACACAUCUGAAAUACCACUUGUGCAGAGAGCGAGCGAGCAAGCGAGGGCGCAGCCUGACAUUAACAAGGGAGGAGGCGGACAAUGAGUACAUUAGUGGUUGUUGCACUUUCUAUUUUCUUUAUAUCCUUUAUCUUCAAGUUGCAACCUCCCCCUCAUCUAGUUCCUUUAAAAAUGUGAUACUUAGUGAUCUUUCUUUAUAUGCCUCUGCCAAGACAUUAUUGAAGCUUCUUUUUUCCCUCACUGCAACAAAAGGCAGAGAAUGGUGUUUUGAGUUUUUGAGAGGCAUGGCUACUAUAACUGUCCAGCAGAGGCAUAACUAAGAAUUGGGUUUUUAUAUUCUGAAAAUGAACACAUGAAGUUAAAUGUCUUCUGAUAAUAUAUCACCUCUAAAAAUGUCUUUAUUUGUUCUAUCCAAGUAUUUCUUUAAUAGUUGUACAAAGAAAAAAUAGAAGUGGUUUUGGUUAUGAAAAAUUGGAUGAUAUUUUAAUAAUGUUGUAAGGUGUCCAGUAUAUCCCACUUUAUUACAAUUAACUUUUUUCUACACUAUUCAAAUGAGGAGUAGAAAGGUAAUUUUUUUCAAAAAAUCCAGAGACAGGUUGUGAAAGGAAUAACAGAAUUUAAGCUUUUUAACACGUAUGUAAAAGGCAGUUUUUGCUUCAGGAAGACAGUUUUCUAAAUUCACUACAAUAUUUUGGGGAGUAACUCUUUGAGUGGUUAGAUAUUUUAAGUGCAUUUGAGAAACAAAAUUUAGUAAUCAAUAUAUUUAAAAUUUAUAUUAUUCUUCCCUAUAUUUGAACAAUUUGUCCAAAAUGCAAUCUGUUCAUAUUGGAUUUUGCCUGUUCAGAUCUAAGUGGGAAUCAGUAGUUUCUUUGUUUGUCACCAUGGAAACCAGUCAGCCAAUCUGAAUGGCUCUUAGAUCAUACAGAACGAUGCAAUGCUCCGUGCUCUCAGUGAAAGUUUCUCACUGAGUAAGUGGGGCUGACUCUUCCUGCCUCUGGCUCUUGCCUCCCAGUGCCAUGCAGGUGCAGGAUGCAACCAGGCGGCCCUCAGCCGUGCACUUCCUCAGCUCCUUUCUCCAGGGCCGCCGGCACUCCACCUCAGACCCAGUACUGCGGCUGCAGCAGGCCCGGCGGGGCUCUGGCUUGGGCUCCGGCUCUGCCACGAAGCUGCUGUCCUCGUCCUCUCUCCAGGUGAUGGUGGCUGUUUCCUCAGUCAGCCAUGCAGAGGGAAACCCAACUUUCCCCGAAAGAAAAAGUAAAGGAAAUUUAGAACAUCCAACACCAAAGUACACAAAAGUAGGAGAGUAUUUACGGCAUGUCAUUCCUGGACACAUGUGGUGUUCCAUGGCAUGUGGUGGUAGAGCUUGCAAGUAUGAGAACCCAGCCCACUGGAGUGAGCAGGAGCAAGCCAUCAAGGGGGUUUACUCAUCCUGGGUCACUGAUAAUAUACUGGCCAUGGCCCGCCCAUCCUCUGAGCUCCUGGAGAAGUACCACAUCAUUGAUCAGUUCCUCAGCCAUGGCAUAAAAACAAUAAUCAACCUCCAGCGCCCUGGUGAGCAUGCUAGCUGUGGGAACCCUCUGGAACAAGAAAGUGGCUUCACAUACCUUCCUGAGGCUUUCAUGCAGGCUGGCAUUUACUUCUACAAUUUCGGGUGGAAGGAUUAUGGUGUAGUGUCUCUUACUACUAUCCUAGAUAUGGUGAAGGUGAUGACAUUUGCCUUACAGGAAGGAAAAGUAGCUAUCCAUUGUCAUGCAGGGCUUGGUCGAACAGGUGUUUUAAUAGCCUGUUACUUAGUUUUUGCAACGAGAAUGACUGCUGACCAAGCAAUUACAUCUGUGCGGGCAAAGCGACCCAAUUCCAUACAAGCCAGAGGACAGCUCCUCUGUGUAAGGGAAUUUACUCAGUUUCUAAUUCCUCUCCGCAAUAUAUUCUCUUGCUGUGAUCCCAAAGCACAUGCUGUCACCUUAGCUCAGUAUCUAAUUCGCCAGCGUCAUCUGCUUCAUGGUUAUGAGGCACGACUUCUGAAACACGUGCCAAAAAUUAUCCACCUAGUUUGCAAAUUGCUGCUGGACUUAGCGGAGAACAGGCCAGUUAUGAUGAAGGACAUGUCCGAAGGACCUGGUCUCUCUGCUGAAAUAGAAAAGACCAUGUCUGAGAUGCAGCUGGAUAAAGAGUUACUGAGGCAUGACAGUGAUGUGUCGAACUCGCCUAACCCCACUGCUGUGGCAGCAGAUUUUAACAAUCGAGGCAUGAUUUUCUCCAAAGAGCAAGAGUUUGACCCUCUUUGGAAAAGGCGGAAUGUUGAGUGCCUUCAACCCCUGACUCAUCUGAAAAGGCGGCUCAGCUACAGUGACUCAGAUUUAAAGAGGGCCGAGAACCUCCUGGAGCAAGGGGAGACUCCACAGACAGUGCCUGCCCAGGUCUUGGUUGGCCACAACCCCAGGCAGCAGAAGCUCAUAAGCCAUUGUUACAUCCCACAGUCUUCAGAACCAGACUUACACAAGGAAGCCUUGGUUCGCAGCACACUUUCUUUCUGGAGUCAGUCAAAGUUUGGAGGCCUGGAAGGACUCAAAGAUAAUGGGUCACCAAUUUUCCAUGGAAGGACCAUUCUAAAGGAAGCACAGCAGAGUGGAGUUUUCUCUGCAGAUGUUUCAGGCUCACACAGCCCUGGGGAGCCAGUUUCACCCAGCUUUGCAAAUGUCCAUAAGUAUCCAAACCCUGCUCACCAGCAAGUGUCUCACUGUCACUGUAAAACUCAUGGUGUUGGGAGCCCUGGCUCUGUCAGGCAGAACAGCAGGACACCCCGAAGCCCUCUGGACUGUGGCUCCAGUCCCAAAGCACAGUUCUUGGUUGAACAUAAAACCCAGGACAGAAAAGAUCUGUCUGAAGCAGCUUCACACUCUACAUUACAGUCUGAAUUGAGUGCUGAGGCAAGAAGAAUACUGGCGGCCAAAGCCCUAGCAAAUUUAAAUGAAUCUGUAGAAAAGGAGGAACUAAAACGGAAGGUAGAAAUGUGGCAGAAAGAGCUUAAUUCCCGAGAUGGAGCUUGGGAAAGAAUAUGUGGCGAGAGGGACCCUUUCAUCCUAUGCAGCUUGAUGUGGUCUUGGGUGGAGCAACUGAAGGAGCCUGUAAUCACCAAAGAGGAUGUGGACAUGUUGGUUGACAGGCAAGCAGAUGCCACAGAAGCACUGUUUUUAUUAGAGAAGGGACAGCACCAGACUAUUCUCUGUGUGUUGCACUGCAUAGUGAACCUGCAGACAAUCCCCGUGGAUGUGGAGGAAGCUUUCCUUGCCCAUGCCAUUAAGGCGUUCACUAAGGUUAAUUUUGAUUCUGAAAAUGGACCAACAGUUUACAACACCCUGAAGAAAAUAUUUAAGCACACGCUGGAAGAAAAAAGAAAAAUGACAAAAGAUGGCCCUAAGCCUGGCCUCUAGCUUUCCCUCAUGGUGAAUAUUUCAGACCUAAAGAUCCAGAUAGUAUCUCUGUUCAUAUGUGAAUAAGUUGAAGAUUGUGGGGCUACUUUUUCUUAUAGCACUUUAUUUCGAAUGUCGUUAGUUUGUGCUGAGAAUGGUCGUCCCUAUUUGAACCAAUUAUUUAUUUUAAAAUAUCCUUAAGCUACAUUUUUGUUUUGCUACAUUAUGGCAGUUUUGAAAAAUUGCCAUAAAUUUGGUGCCACUUUCUUUUAUUUAUUUGACUGAGUUAAUAUUAUUGUAUUAACAUUUCAAGUAUAUGGUGUUUACAUUCUUAUUUCUUUUGACGUUUUGGAAAUAAUCAUAACUUGUGUUUCCAAAAUAACCAUUUUCUUGAUGGAACUCUUCCUAGAGUUUUUACCAAAUAGCUAACUUUAGUAGUAAAACCUCAUUGUGUAUCCAUUCCCCCACAAAUGAACUAAGAAAGUCACCAAGUGUCUUAAGCUGUUUUAUAUUUGUUACAAAAAAGGCUAUUGCUACAAUAUUUUUAAAGGUUUUUUUUUUAACUUUGAAAUUUUUUGUUUUUCCCUGUCUUUUUAUAAAUGUAACAGACAGUUUCAAAGCAUAUUAUUUUUCAGAGAGAUUUAAUUUUACUUUAAUGGAGUGACUGUGAAGUGGUUGGGAUAUUUAGCUUGUAGAAAGUAGACUUGCUCUUUGUCAGAUUUCCAAACAACCUUGCAGCCUUGGCUGUCAAAAGGAGGCAGGAGCAGUUCUCAACACACCAAGCCUUAUUCCCACUCCCUUGGGUUGCUGCUGAGCCAAAUAGCAUCUUUACAGAGGAAGUGGGAUCACAGGCAGGAAGUGUGGAAAGUUGCUAAGAAGCAGGGCUUGCCUCUGUCCUUCUGGGGACUCCACAGGGAUAUUCGUGCAGGGCAGGGGCUCUGUGCCAGCCCUGCUCUCUCAGGUGCCACAGCCACUCUGCAGAGGUGACUCUUGGAGCUGGAGGAAGUCAAAACUGGGCCACUGUUUGUGCUGAUGGUGUAUUAGCAUGAGCAGCGUGGCCCUGGCCCCACACUCCCAAAUCUGCCACUCCAUAGACCCACUUGCCUCAAGGCUCUAUAUUUGGCUGCUUUCUUACAAUGAGAAUUAAGAUUUUUAAACUGAAGUUGACCAUACAGGUUGCAUUAGCCCUAAUUGGCUUCAUGUAAGAAGAGUGACUGCCUAAACUAGUUCCUUGUAAGCUGAACCAUCAAUUAUCAAUUGAAGCCAUACUUUUAUUUAAAUUAAUAUGUGUGGAUACCAGAGGCCAAGCCAAAGAGGGGAUAAUAGUUUUUCCCAAUAAAGGUGAUAUUAAUCAGACUAAUUUCAAACUAAAGAAGUUACUAAAGACGGAAUUUCAGGGGAAGCAAGACUCAUUUAGAACAAAUGAAAUUUCUCCAAUCCUACAUUUCUGAAUUAACCUCUAGCACAUCCAAAAUAUUUCAGUCAUUAUCAGUCUCAUUAACUCAAAUGCCAAAUGCUAAAUGCAGUGUUCUUUCACACUGUUUUAAUUUUCUUGGGAAAUCAAGUCCAAUGGAUGUUAAUGGAGUGGGUUACCCAUACCUGAAAUGUCUUAUUUUCAAGUGCCUGGCCUGGGAAAGAAGGAGAAGAAACAAUUGCAUUUUAUCCAAAGGUACACUAUAAAAAUAGAGUUUUUACCAAAAAAAGAUGUUUGUUCUUAUCUCAAUCGGCCUCAUUUGGGCAAGUGACCCACAGGUCCUUUGGCGAGUUUGCUAUUUGCCUGUUGAAAUACUUGUUUCAACUUAGAGAACAGUUAUGAUGUGACCAUAGCAAUGCACAACUAAAAAUCUAAGCCUGAAACCUGAAAAAAAGAGAUAUGACAAGGGAAAUUAAUCAGGCUCUAUAUAAGUAUUGUAUUUAUUUGAAUAAAAGUGAAAAGAACAACCCAUAAUCCUAGUCUUAUACUUCUUUACCUUGAUGCCCUAGGACAUCUGAUGAUAAAGAUGAGGUUUUGCUCUUAGAUUAUCCUGACAGGCAAAUUGAGUUGUCGGCUGAGUCAGUGAGCCAAGCUCUUGUUAGUACAGACUCCUUCCAUCAGUUCAGCAUGACCAAACACUGGGGAGUUGGGAUAGGUGAGUUCUAAGAGGAAUAGCUGAGGAAAAUCUCCAAGCUGACAAGAUUCUUAACUUCCCAUAUUUGGAUGAGGAGUUCUUUGUAGCCCAGAGACAGAAAUCUCACAUAUUGGGAGAAGUGAUAAGGUUGAAAAAUUCAGUUCAACAGAAAUAGGAAGGUUAAGGGCACACACAUAUUAAGAACUUACCAUGGGCCAGCUGUAUCCAUUACCUCUCUGAAUUAUCUUGACAGACAGAAGUCUUUUUUAUUUUAUUUAUUUAUAUUUAUUUAUUUUUUUGAGACGGGGGUCUCGCUCUGUAGCCCAAGCUGGAAUGCAGUGGCAUGAUCUUGGCUCACUGCAACCUCCACUCCCAGCCUUAAGCCAUCCUCCCACCUCAGCUUCCUCAGUAGCUGGGACUACAGGCACACGCCAUCACAUCCGGCUAAUUUUCUGUAUUUUUUAUUUAUUUAUUUAUUUAUUUUAGAGAUAGGGUUUCGCCAUGUUGCCCAGGCUUGUCUUGAACUCCUGAGCUCAAGUGAUCCUCCCACCUCGGCCUCCCAGAGUGCUGGGAUUACAGGUGUGAGCCACCGCACCUGGCCUGAGAAGUCUUAAUCAUAACUGUGUGACGUUAGAUGUGGAGUCCAAUGGACCCCUUGCUGUGCCCUCCUCUCUGCUCAUAUUACCUGCCUAUAGGACUCUUAACCUGGCAAAGCUGCCCAGUCAAACUGCCUUCUCAGGGACCUUGAGGUCCCUUUAGCACUACAUUUUAUGAUGGCAUUAAGAGAACACUGUGCUGUCCAUAACUUAGUGAAAAUACCACACACCUGUCCUGGAAAAGGCUGAACCAGCUCUAUUACUAUCAUAUGAUGCUCUCUAGUAUAUCACACUUAGAGGAAGUACAUGAUUUCUUGCCACUGUUGCCUUUUCUUACUUCAGAGAGCUUACUAAUGCCCUUUGAGACAAAUUGCUGCUGGUGGUAGAGCUCGCUUCAUUUAUUUAUGUAACUCAGAAAAUCUGUGCUGAGUUACUUAGUCAUAUCUUCACCCAGCUUCCCAGUCUUAGAAAAAGUAUUUGCUUCAUCAUUCUGGAUUCCAUGAAAACCACCAUAUAUCAUAAUUCAAUAGAGAUAAAGUUUCUCUAUUUUCUCUUAAAUGGAGAAUGCUUGCUGAUAUGAUUGGGUGCUAUUUCAGGCUAGUUUCCACAUGUCUGAAAAAAUAUCCAGGGACAGUAUAAUGUAGAUAGAAUGCAAGCCCCAACUUCCUGACAUCUGACAGCCCCCAUGUAAUUUGGGGAGUCAAUUUAAAAAUGACAGCUUACUCAUAGGAUCUUUAUUAUUGUUCCAAAUUAACAAGCAUUAAUAUAUUUUCAGUGCAGGUAAAUCAAGAACAACGUACUCUUUGAUGCUUUUUAUGAACGGCACAAGAUUAGCAUGUUACCUAAGAGAGCUUUUCUCAAUGCUAGAUGGCUGCAAAUUGUUUAUAAAGUAGCCGGAGAAAAAUUCAACAAAAUCCUGUUUCUCAGUGGUGCAUUUUUUUUUAGUUAUGCUUUUAGGCAUGAGCUAAUCUCUGAUUACCUCAACACUGACAAUAAAACUGAUUUAUAAGUAAUCACAAUGGAACCAUUCAGUAUUGGAGCUUGACAAGCCUUUGUUCAAAGCCCUCCAGUCACUAAAAAUAAUGUCCCAAUAAGACUUAAAUGUCAUAAAACCUUUUGCAAUGAAAAUAAAAGUUUCAUACAUCCACUGAAACUUAUAUAGUAAGAGAAGCCUGCUAAGCCCCUGCCUCUCGGCUUUCUUGAUUAAAAUGAAAAGAUAUUUUACUCUUGAGAUUGCCUAUUUUAGAGAAAAAUUACAUUUUGAGGAUGGGCUCUGCUUACUUGAUUUUUAGAAAGUGGUCUGACAGCCUCUGGUUUUGAUUUAAUGAGUUGCUUUAUCAUUUUUUUUUUCUCCUCUUAAAAAUGAAAACAGACCGGGCACGGUGGCUAUAAUCUCAGCACUUUGGGAGGCCGAGCCAGGCAGAUCACAAGGUCAGGAGUUUGAGACCAGCCUGGCCAAUAUGGUGAAACCCUGUCUGUAUUAAAAAUACAAAAAUUAGCGAGACGUAGUGGUGGGCGCCUGUAUUCCCAGCUACUUGGAAGGCUGAGAUAGGAAAAUCACUUGAACCUGGGAGGCAGAGGUUGCAGUGAGCCAAGAGCACACCACUGCACUCUAGCCUGGGCAGCAAAGCGAGACUCCAUCUCCAAAAAAAAAAAAAAGAAAGAAAAGAAAAACAAACUACUCAGGCUUUUGAUUUAGGCUGCACCAUAGGGAGUGGCCAUUUUUUUUUGGUAAAAAAUGAUCAAGUACUGGCCAUUUUAUGUGGUUCAACCUAAUAAUCAAACUCAGUAUUUCCAGGACAAGUAGGUGACAUUUCCUGAAUUAAUUUUGGUAAGUUUAGAUUAGGUGAUCAAUUAUUUUCUAAGACUAUCCCGUAUGCUCACAGUAGAGUUCCAAUACAACUGUAAGUAACAAAUAUGAAACAUUCCUUCAGCAACAUGUCUGUGCCUAUUCUGCUUGGCCCUCUGCUAAUUCUGGGGACACACAGGAAUUAUUUAUUCAGUCAUUCAUCCCUCUAGAAGUCACGUUGCCUAAUCCCUCAAAAUUCAUGUGUUGGAAACUUAAUUCCCAAUGCAAUAGAGUAGGAAGGUUCAGCCUUUUAGGAGGUGUUUAGGUCAUGAGAGCUCCACCCUCAUGAGUGAACUAAUAUUAUUAAUAAAAGACCUGAUGGAGGGAAUUCUUUUUUUGCCCUUCCACUUUCUGUCAUGUGAGGACACAGCAUACUCCCCUCCAGAUGACGCAGCAUGUAAGUAACCAUCUUGGAAGCAGAGAGCAGCCCUCACCAGAUGGCAGUGCCUUGAUCUUGGCCUAUCCAGCCUCCAGAACUGUGAGAAUAGAUGUCUGUUGUUUAAGUUGCCCAGCCUGUGCUAUUCUGUUAUAGCAGCACAAAAUAGACUAAGACAGUGAUUGGUACCAGGGGAGUGGGGUGUUGCUAAAACAAAUACCUAAAAAUGUAGAAGCGGCUUUGGAACUGGGUAAUGGGUUGAGGCUAGAAGAGUUGUGAAAUGAAAGCAGGAAAAAGCUUGUAUUGCCACAAGUGGAGCAUUAAGGGUGAUUCUGGUGAGGGCUCAGAAGGAGAGCUGUAGGGAAAUUCUCAUUCAUUCUUCUGAGAAACUGCGUAAGUGGCUUUGAACAGAAUGCUGAUAAAAACAUGGACAGUAAAGACCAUUCUGAUUAGGUCAUAGACAGAAAUGAGGACUGUCAUUGGAAACUGGGGAAAAGGCCAUCUUUGCUACAAAGUGACAAAGAACAUGGCUGAAUUAUGUCCAUGUCCAUGUUCUAGGACUUUGUAGGGGCAGGACUUAGCAAUGAACCAGAAUAUUUGGCAGAAGAAAUUUCUAAGCAGGAAAGUGUGCAGGAUGCUGUGUGGUUUCUCUUAACUGCUUAUGUUAACAUGUUAAAAUGGGAGAAGAGAAAUGAUUUAAAGACAGAAUUUAUAAUUCAAAGGGAAGCAGAACAUAAAGAUUUGGACAAUUCUUGGUCCAGCCAUGUGAAGAAUGAAAAAGAUUUGGACAAUUUUCAGUCCAGCCAUGUAAAGAAUAAAAAAGUAUGUAGGCCAGUUGUGAUGGCUCAUGCCUGUAAUCCCAGCAUUUUGGGAGGCUAAGGCAGGUGGAUCACUUGAGGUCAGGAGUUCGAGACCAGACUGGCCAACAUGGUGAAACACCGUCUCUACUAAAAAUACAAAAGUUAGCCAGGCGUGGUGGCAGGUGCCUGUAAUCCCAGCUACUUGGUAGCCUGAGGUAGGAGAAUCAUUUGAACCUGGGAGGCAGAGGUUGCAGUAAGCUGGGUUGGCGCCACUGCACUCCAGCCUGAGUGACAGUGAGACUCCAUCUCAAAAAAAAAAAAAAAAAAAAGGAUGUUUAGGGCCAGGCACGGCGGCUCACACUGUAAUUCCAGCACUUUGGGAGGCCGAGGUGAGUAGAUCACUUGAGGUCAGGAGUUCGAGACCAACCUGGCCAACAUGGUGAAACCCCAUCUCUACUAAAACUACAAAAAAAAAAAAAAGAUUAGCCAGACAUUGUGGCAAGCACCUGUAAUCCCAGCUACUCGGGAGGCUGAGGCAGGAGAAUCACUUGAACCCAGAAGGCAGAAGUUGCAGUGAACAGAGAUCGCGUCACUGCACUCCAGCCUGGACAACAGAACAGACUUCAUCUCAAAAAAGAAAAAAAAAGUGUGUUUAGAAGAUAGCACACGGUGUGGCCAGGCCACCAUUUGAUAAGAUUAGUAUGGAUACAAGAAAGCCAUGUGCUAUUUAUCAAGACAAUGGGAGAAUGACCCCAAAGGUAUUACAGACAUCUUGGUACAAGGGGAGGGGGCAACCAUGCCCAUCAAAAGCCCAGAGUGCUAGGGUCUGGGGGACAGAUGAAUUUUGAGGAGGGGCCCAGGGUGCCCAUGGGACCUGUGUGCUCACUGCUGAGGGCCACCUUGGGUCUCUGCACCCUGCACUCUGGCACAGUGCUCCUUGGCUACCCCAGCUCUGGUUCAAGCAGGCCCAGGUCCAGGUAGGGCCAUUACUCUGGAGGGUGCAAGAGUGAGCCUUGGCACAUCCAUGCAGUGCUUAAUUCUACAGGUGUGCAGAAUACAAGAGCUGUGGAGGCAUGGCUUCCUUCACCUAGAUUUCAACGAAUGCCUCAGUGGGCCCAGGCAGAGAACUGCUGCAAGGACAAAGUCUCUGCAGAGAGCCCCCACUAGGGUAGUGCCUAGUGGAGUCAUACGACUGGGGCUGCUCCAGAAACCCCAGAAGUGUGUAAGCACCAGCAUACAGUGGCAGUCUGGGAAAGCUGUGGGCAGACUAUUUCAGUGCAUGGGAGCUGAAGCAUGGGCUGUACCCAGCAAAGCCAUGUGGGUGGGCCUGCCUGAGGCCAUGGGGACCUAACCUCCACCCCAGUGUACCUGGAAGGUGGGACAUGGAGUCAAAGAUUAUUCUCAUGCUUCAAGAUUUAAUGUUGGGCUGGGCACAGUGGCUUGUGCCUGUAAUCCCAAUCCACUGGGAAGCCCAGGAGGGAGGACUGCUUGAGGCAGGAGUUUGAAAUCAGCCUGGGCAACAUAGUGAGACCCCAUCUCUACAAAAAUGAAAAAAAAAAAUAGCUCGGCAAAAUGGCACAGACAUGUAGUCCUAGCUACGGGAGAGGCUAAGGCAGGAAGAUUGCUUGAGCCCAGAAGUUCAUGGUUGCAGCAAGCUAUGAUCAUACACAUUGCUCUCUAGUCUGGGUGACAGAGCAAGACACCGUCUCAAAAAAAUUGAAAUUAAAAAAAAAAGAUUUAAUGUUUGUCCUGUUACGUUUUGGACUUACAUGGGACCUCUUACUCCUUCCUUCUUUUCUAUUGCUGCCUUUUGGAAUGGGAAUGUCUAUCCUAUGGCUGUUCCACCAUUGUAUUUUGGAAGUAUAUAACUUUUUUGAUUUCACAGGCUCACAGCUGGAGAGCAAUUUGCCUCAGGAUGACUCUUACUUUGAGUCUCAUCCAUAUCUGAUUAGAUGGGACCCUGUACUUUAGCUUUGAAUUGUUACUGGAACAAAUUAAGACUUUAGGGGCAAUGGGAUGGAAUGAAUGUAUUUUACAUAUAAGAAAGACAUAAAUUUGGGGGGUCAGUGGAAUGUUACAAUCUGAAUAUGUACCUCAAAAUUUGUAGUGUUAGAGAGGUGUGGCCUUUCGGGAGGUGUGUAGUUCCUGGGGUCUGUAGACUCAUACAGUGAUUAAUGCUAUUAUAAAAGGGUUUGACAGAAAGUGUGGUCAUUUUUUAUCCUUCCAUCUUCUGUCAUGUAAGGACACAGCAUUCCUCCCCUCUGGAGGAUGCCGCAUUCAAGGCACCAUUGUGGAAGCAGCUAGCAAACUUCAUUAAAUGCUGGCAUCUUGGAUCUUGGCCUUCACACCCUCCAGAACUGUGAGGAAUGAAUUUCUGUUGUUUAUAAACUACCCAGUCUCAGAUAUUCUGUUAUAGCAGCACAGGCGGACUAAGACACAAGUAUAGUGCACAUCCAUACCUACAGCAGCGCUUGUCCAUGACAUUUUCUGUACCUCUGUUGUCACCCUAAUUAGUUUGGCAUUGCCUACCAUCUAGAUACCUCCUUCAGUCCACACUUUCAUUCCUUAUAUACAACGCUGGAUGAUUAAUACUCAACAUGUCCUUCAAAACUCAGCUCUUUUUCCUUGGAACAGAAUAUAAGCUAAUUAACUUCUUGUUAAAUGUAAUUAAAUUUUAUCUACCUGACUACCACACGGCCCAAAGAGAUGGGAAGGUGUUAUGAACUGAAUGUGUCCCCCAUAAAAUUCAUGUGUUGAAGUCCUAACCCCAGUAACUCAGAAUGUGAUUGUCUUUGGAUGUAGGGUCUUUAAAGAGGUAAUUAAAGUGAAAUGAAGUCAUUGAGGUGGUCCCAAUUUUAACCUGACUGAUGUUCUUAUAAGACGAGGAGAUUGAGGCCAGACCCAGUGGCUCAUGCCUGUAAUCCCACUAAGUUGGGAAGCCAAAGCAUGCAGAUAACUGGAGGCCAGGAGUUUGAGACCAGCCUGGGCAACAUGGCAAAACUCUGUCUCUACAAAGAAAAAAAAAAUUGUCGAAUAUGGUGGCUUACACCUGUUGUCCUAGCUAUUUGGGAGGCUAAAGUGGGAAGAUCACUUGAGCCCGGGAGGUGGAGGUUGCAGUAAGCAGAGAUUGCGCCACUGCACUCCAGCCUGGGUGACAGAGGGAGACCCUAUCUUAAAAAAUAAAAAAUAAAAAAAAGUGAAAACAAAGAGGAGAGGAGAUUGAGACACAAACAUGGACAAAGGUAAGGCUAUAUGGAGACACAGAGAGAAAAUUGUCAUCUACAAGCCAAGGAGUGAGGCCUCAGAAGGAACCAACCCUGGUGACACAUUGAUCUCAGACUUCUGGCCUCCAGAGCCAUGAGACAUAAAUUUCUGUUGUUUAAGCCACCUAGUCUGUGGUACUUUGUUAUGGAGCCCAUAGUAAACUAAUACAGAAGACAGAAUUCCCUGAUGUUCCUUAAUUCUUCCACUAUAACUUGUGUGUACUUCUUUAUAAUUCUAUCUUAAACAACAUAUUUCUUGAUUUUGCCUGUUUAUAAACCUUACAUAAAUUGAAUAAUGCUGUGUGUAUUGUCCUGUGACUUGCCUUUUCUGUUCAACGUGCUAUUCACAUUUAUCCACAUUGAUGUGUAAGCUGUAGCUUAUUUGUAUUCACUGCUGGAUGGCAUUCCAUUGUGUGGAUAUUCCACAAAUUACCUCUUUUACUUGUGAUGGACAUUUGGGUUGUUCAUAUUUUCACAUGUCUCUGGGUAUACAUGUGCAAGAGUUUCUGUAGGCUAUGUAGCUAGGAGUAAAAUUUGUGAACUUUAGGGUAUAUACAAUUUCAAUUUCCUAGGUAAUGAUAAACUAUUUCUCAAAAUGAUUGUACCAGUUCAUAUUCUCAACAGCAGUAAAUGAGAGUUCCCACUGCUCUGCAUCCUUGUCAACACUUAGUAUUGACUGACUUUUUGAUUUUUGCCAGAUUCAGUUGGUAUGAGAUAGUACCUCAAAUGUGUUACCUUGUUACAUGUUUUGAGCCAUUUAUGUUUCUUUUCUCUAGUGCUUGUUCAUGUAUUUUUUAAUUUUUUUACUGUAGUAAAAUAUAUAUAAUGAAAUUUAUCAUUUUAUUCAUGUUUAAGUAUAUAGUCUUGUUAUUGAAUACAUUCAUAAAUGUUGUACAGCCAUUACCACUAUCCAUCUAUUUAAGUCAUCAUUUUGUAAAACUGAAAUGUUAUACCUAUUAAACAAGAACACCCCCAUCUUCCAACAUGCCAGCCCCUGGUGACACCAUUCUUUUUGUGUCUCUCAUUUUAACUACUCUAAAUACUUUAUAUAAGUGGAAUAAUACAGUAUUUGUCUUUUGUGACUGGUUUAUUUCACUUAGCAAAAUGUCUUCAGGAUCCAUCCCCGUUGUAGUAUAAUGCAGUUUCCUUCCCCUUUAAAGUGGAAUAACAUUCCAGUGUAUGUAUAUACCACAUUUUGCUUAUCCAUUCAUCUGUCAAUAGAUACUUGGGUUGCUUAUGUUUGAGCUAUUGUGAAUUAUGCUGCUGUGAACAUAGGUAUACAAAUAUCUCUUCAAGACUCUACUUUUAAUUCCUUUGGGUACACAGCCAUAAGUGGAAUUGCUGGAUCAUGUGGUAAUCAUGUGUUUAAAUUUUUGAGGAACCACUACACUGUUUUCCGCAGUGGUUGUACCAUUGUAUAUUCCCACUAACAGCGCACUAGGGUUUCAGUUUCUCCACAUCCUUGCCAACACUUGUUAUUUUCUGGGUAUUUUUGAUAGUAGCCUUCCUCAUGCAUAUGAAGUGGUUUCUCAUUGUAGUUUUGAUUUGCAUUCCCCUAAUGACUAGUGAUAUUGAGCAUCUUUUCAUAUGCCUAUUGCCUUUUCAUGUAUCUUCUUUGGAGAAAUGUCUAUUCAAGUCCUUUGCUCAUUUUUCAGUUGGUUUGUAUUUUGUUGUUGAGUUUUAGUUCUCUAUAUAUUCUGGAUAUUAAAUCCUUAUUAAAGAUAUGAUUUGCAAAUAUUUUCUCCCAUCCUAUGGGUUGCUUUUUUACUCUGUUGACUGUGUCUUUUGAUGCACAAAAUUUUUUAAUUUUGAUGAAGUAGAAUUUUCUAUUUCUCUUUUGUUGCCAUUUCCAAGAAAUCACUGCCAAAUCCAAUGUUGUGAAAUUUUUGCCAUUUUUUUCCCUAAUAGUUUUAUUGCUUUAGGUUUUACAUUUAGGUCUUUCAUCCAUUUUGAGUUCAUUUUUUUACAUGACAUUAGGUAAGGGUCCAACCACAUUAUUCUGCAUGUGGAUAUCCAGUUUUCCAAGCACUACUUGUUGUUGAAAAGGACUGUUAGGUCUUGGCACCCUUAUCAAAAGCUAUUUGAAACUAGAUGUGGUGGUAUGGGCAUGUAAUCCCAGCUACUAGGGAAGCCGAGGCAGGAAGAUUGCUGGAGCCCAGGAGUUCAAAACCAGCCUGGACAACAUAAGGAGACCCUCUCUCAAAAAAAAUAAAAAAGAAAGAAAGAAAAAAGAAAAGGUGACCAGGCACAGUGGCUCAUGCCCCUGUAAUCCCAGCACUUUGGGAGGCUGAGGCAGGUGGAUCAGUUGAGGCCAGGAGUUCAAGACCAGCCUGGCCAACAUAACCAAACCCCAAACCCCAUCUCUACUAAAAAUACAAAAAUUAGCUGGGCAUGGUGGCAUGCACCUGUAUUUCCAGCUACUUGGGAGACUGAGGCACAAGAAUCACUUGAACCUGGGAGGCAGAGGUUGCAGUGAGCCAAGAUCGGGCCACUGCACUCCAGCCUGGGCAACAGAGCGAGACUUCAUCUCAAUUAAAAAAAAAAGGUAAUUUGACCAUAUUUGCAAGAGCUAUUUCUGGGCUUUCUAUUUUAUUUCAUUGGUUUAUAUGUCUGUCUUUUUGCCAGUGCCAUACUGUUUGGAUUAAUAUAGCUUUGUAGUAAGUUUUGAAAUCAGGAAGUGUGAGUUAUCCAGCUUUGUUCUUUUUCAAUGUUGUUUUGGCUAUUAAAGGUCCUUUGAGAUUCCAUAUGAA